GUGGACACCAAAAACGUAGCUUCCAUUCUUCUCAACCAUCUCCCUCUACACAAGUUGAAUAUAUACACACAAUAACUGUAUCUUCACAUUCAUAGCAAAUCACAAGAAAUUAGCUUUCAAUUCAGACACUGUUGGUUUUAAAUUCAUCGGAGUAGUCGCCGGAUCUGCAAUUCCGGCGAAAAUGGAGUCUCACGCCACCGGACUCCGACGAAUUCUCGUUCUCGCCUUCUGCGUCGCCGGCAUUUGGUCUGCUUAUAUAUAUCAAGGCAUUCUUCAAGAGACCGUGUCAACGAAGAAGUUUGGGGCGGAAAAGAAGAGAUUUGAGCACCUGGCAUUUUUGAAUUUAGCUCAAAAUGUUGUGUGUUUGAUAUGGUCUUUUAUAAUGAUAAGAUUAUGGUCGAGUGGAAGUUCGGGUGGUGCUCCGUGGUGGAGUUACUGGAGUGCUGGCAUUACGAAUACCAUUGGGCCUGCUAUGGGUAUUGAAGCUUUGAAGUAUAUCAGUUACCCUGCUCAGGUGCUGGCAAAAUCCUCUAAAAUGAUUCCAGUGAUGUUGAUGGGUACAUUGGUUUAUGGUAUCCGAUAUACGAUUCCGGAGUAUGUUUGUACUCUUCUUGUUGCUGGCGGAGUAUCAGCAUUUGCACUUUUGAAGACUAGCUCAAAAACUAUUAAAAAGCUGGCUAACCCUAAUGCUCCACUGGGUUAUGGGCUGUGUUUUCUGAACCUGGCUUUUGACGGUUUCACCAAUGCAACUCAGGAUUCAAUUUCUACAAGGUACCCCAAAACAAGUGCCUGGGAUAUCAUGCUAGGAAUGAAUUUGUGGGGAACCAUUUAUAACAUGGCCUUCAUGUUUGGCUGGCCUAGUGCCAGUGGGUAUGAGGCCGUUGCAUUUUGCAAGCAGCAUCCAGAAGCAGCUUGGGACAUUUUCCUCUACUGUCUUUGUGGGGCAGUCGGACAAAAUUUUAUAUUUUUAACCAUUAGCCGGUUUGGGUCACUGGCUAACACAACUAUCACCACCACCCGAAAGUUUGUCAGCAUAGUGGUAUCAUCUGUGCUGAGUGGCAACCCUCUGUCUUCAAAGCAAUGGGGGUGUGUCGGCAUGGUCUUUUGGGGGCUGUCAUACCAGAUUUACCUCAAGUGGCAAAAAUUGCAAAGAUCGCAAAAGAAGAGGAAGGCCAUGUAGGAGCUCGAUGUAUGGGCUAUAGAUGUUUUGGAACAUAUCAGUCACCAUAUACUAUAACAUAGAUAUGUAUCUAGAGAGUUUCAACUAUCUAUUGUUUUGGCAUGAUAGCAUUGUAAUUUGAACCCCAAGGUUCAAAGUGUUAAACUUGAAUGUAGGUUAUAUACUGGAAUUGUAGGUCAUAUAAUGGGCUUCUAUAUGUGAAUUUGCUAGGAAUUUAUUCUUGUUUAA